AGCGCAGUAUUUGCUGCAUUCUUUUUAUGGUCAUUGUUAGAGUGAGGCUUUUAUUGUGAAAAUCAGAGAGAGAGGAAGUCCCGGAAGUGAGAGAAGAAGAGACAGGAAGUGUAUUCUGUGAUGGAGUUGUUAUGAUUUCUGGCGGACUAAAAAAGUUUUGGGAAAGAGCUCCAGUGUCUGCAUAUUCAUUUAUGAACCCGCACAACUCAACACCCACAACGUUUACACUGGUGGCAGCGGUGACGAGUUUUGGGGACUCUUCUCAGUUUUCAGGUCGGGAGCUGACUGCUAGCUACGUUAGCUGCCGCUAGCCGCUUAGCUUCACCUCACAGUGUAGUACGGCGGGUUCGCUUGUUGGCGCCAUCUCCGUUUUCUUGUUUUAGUAGUUUUACAGUGUUGUUAGUCUCCGCGUCUCGGUUGACUCAUUCAGUCGUAGUGUGCUACAGUGUCCGACGAGGAUUCACCGCAUCCCAGUGGCCGUCGCCGCGACGUCGGACCGGCGCUGCUUCACCCACCGGCUCGCAGGGAACGCCGAGGGGCAUUCCUCUGCCUCCGCCGUUCUGCAACGACGGCCGUGAGUCUUUCCAGCUAUGGGCUACAAGGAUAACAAUGCGGACAUGGACGGAAUACUGGCGUUGGAGUUACCCACUUGAUUAGUCUGGGAGAAUCUGCCUGCUGAAACGCUCUUAUGCUGAAACUAAGAAACACCUGCAGGCUGCUUUUGGUCAGAAAGGCGUCAUUGCCUCCUUUCAGACAUUUCCAAAUGCUCGGCACAGAUUACCAAACGAGGCCAUGGAAGUCUAUGCUGCUGCUGUGUGCAGACUUGUGAAAGAAGCAUUUCCGGAUUUUGAACAAAAUACCACUGAGUACAUGAAAAUGUCGAGAUUCUUCGCUGGUUUGAAUCAGGAGCUCCAUGUAAAGUAUCACGAGAGAGGGGUGAAAACAUUUAAGGAAGCUUUUGAAGUAGCCAGCCAAGCAGCACGCUUAGUCAUGCCAGUUUCCCCACCUACUGCCUCUAGUGAUGUUAGCACAUCAGUUAAUUAUGUUGCUGACAGUGAUACUUACCUGAGAAAUGCUGUGCGAGACCUGACUGCUACCGUCAAAGACCUGAACAGAGACCUGGGUGCACUGAAACUGGAACAAAGCAGAAUGCACCACCGUGAAAUGCACAUGCCCCGACGCUCACACCGGUCUCCUUCACAGUAUGAGAGUAGCCCAGGGAGGUAUCCAGACAACUGGGACUCACAUCCACCUCCACAACAUUUUCGCCACUCCUCGCCAGAACCCAGCAACAGUCGUCUCAAGCCUUAUCGCUCUUCGUGGUCUUCUGCACGACCUUCACCUCCAGCUUCAGGAUCCACUCCUGCACCACACCUUUCACAGAGACCAGGGCCACCACCACUAACAGCACUCUCGGACUCUCGGCCUUAUGUGCAUCAGGACACACCUCCUGCAGUGGUAGCAGCACCGGAGGACCCUCCACUGCUGGAGCAUUCUACUGUGCCUGUCCAACAGAGAAACACUUCUACGACAGUGAGCGCUGAGCGACUAACUGUUGUGGUUCAACAUUCGGUGGCCAGAAGCGAGGACGCUUCUUAUGUGAGGAGGGAAGUAGUGCAAGCGUCUCAGGAGGACCGGGAUACUCGGAGGUUUCAGCUAAAAAUUGCUGAGCUCAGCGCUGUCGUCAGGAAGCUGGAGGAUCGAAACGCUCUGCUGUCUGAAGAACGCAACGAACUGGUGACACACACACAGAAUACACACACACACACACACACACACACACACGUCAGCGCUGAUCCUUCAUGCCUCGGUUUCCUGUGUUUUCUCUGUUGUCUUCACCUCGUGCAGCUGAAGCGUCUGCGAGAGGCCGAGAGUCAGUUUCUUCCUCUUCUGGACAAAAACAAACGUCUGAGCAGGAAAAACGAGGAGCUCGCUCUCGCUCUGCGUCGCCUCGAUAACAAGCUUCGCUUCGUCACACAGGAGAACCUGGAGAUGGUAACUAUGAGGAGACCGAGUUCAUUGAAUGACCUGGACCGCAGCCACUCCACCAGUUACCAUGGUUACAGUCAGGAGGAGAGAGAGAUGGAGUUUCUACGGUUACAGGUCCUUGAGCAACAACAUAUCAUUGACGACCUGUCCAAGGCUCUGGAGACGGCCGGUUAUGUAAAGAAUGUUAUAGAGAGAGACAUGUUACUGAGAUACAGACGUCAGGAGUCAGGGAGGAGGAAACGCACCUUCAGAGCCUGCAGGGUCAUAGAGACAUUUUAUGGUUACGAUGAAGAAGCGUCGGUGGACUCUGAUGGAUCAUCUUUGUCUUUUCACACUGACAGAACUCCAGAUACUGAACCAGAGGAGGUGUGUGUGCGUGAGGAGGCGGAGCUUCGAUACCGUCAGCUGACUCAGGAGUAUCAGGCUCUGCAGCGAGCGUACGCUCUGCUGACGGAGACGAGUGGAGGAAACUAUGACGCUGAGAAGGAAAUGAAGACGAGAGAGCAGCUGCUGAACGAAAUCAGUCGAUACCAAACCAGAGUCGCAGAUCUGGAGUCAGCUCUGAAACAACAAGGACUGGAUGUGAAGUGGGUGGAGGAGAAGCAGGCCUUGUAUCAGAGGAAUCAGGAGCUGGUGGAGAAGGUGAAGCAGAUGGAAGGUGAAGAGCUGCGACUGAAGAACGACAUCCAGGACGUCAGAGAUCAGAACGAGCUGCUGGAGUUCAGGAUCUUAGAGCUCGAGGAGAGGGAGCGACGCUCACCUGCUAUUAACUUCCAACAACUCCAUUUCCCAGAAGGCCUCAGUCCUCUGCAGAUCUACUGCGAGGCGGAGGGUGUCACCGACAUCGUGAUCAGCGAGCUGAUGAAGAAGCUGGACAUCCUGGGAGAUAACGCCGUAAGUAAUCUGUCCAACGAGGAGCAGGUGGCGGUGAUCCAUGCCAGGACGGUGCUGACUCUGGCAGAGAAGUGGUUGGAGUCCAUCGAGGUGACGAAGUCGGCUCUGCAGCAGAAGAUGUUGGACAUUGAGAGCGAGAAGGAUUUGUUCAGUAAACAGAAAGGUUACCUGGAUGAAGAGCUGGACUACAGGAAGCAGUCGAUGGACCAGGCUCAUAAGAGGAUCCUGGAGCUGGAGGCCAUGUUGUUCGAGGCUCUGCAGCAGGAGGAGGAAUCCAGGAUGGAAGGACUGAAGAUUGAGGGCGGUCGUCUCUCUGAAACUCUGACGGAGGGAGAGAGGGACGGGCUGAGGAGAGCCAUGGACCAAUGGAAACGAACCGUGAUGUGCGAGCUGAGAGAAAGAGACGCUCAGAUCCUCAGAGACAGGAUGGAGAUACUGCAGCUCACACAACAGAGAAACAAGGAGCUGGAGGAGUUUAUAGAAGCCCAGAAACGACAGAUCAAAGAGCUGGAGGAGAAGUGUGUGCAGGCCUGCAGAGUCCAGGGUGGUGUCAGUCAGGAGGAUUCAGGGUUUGGAAGCAGCAGCUCACUGACGGAGGCACAGUGGCUUCACUGCCCCACUCACCAGCCUCUGGCUGCUGUUACCCAAUCAGAGCAGAGCCCAGCUGUCAGCUGACUCUAAGCCUUCUAACCCUCCCAGGAUGCCACGCCUCAGACACGAAGAGACCGACAGAACAUCAGGUUGUAAAAACUUCCACUGGUAACAAGCCACCGUUUACCAGGAAGCUGUGGGUUCGAUGCCGGACGUGCAGCUGCGGGUCAGAUGGACCAACGUGGUGCUGGACUCAUACAGUAUUAGCUCUGUUAGCUGGACUCCGUUCAGACCUGGCUACACGUGCUGCUCUCACACAGUGUUCACUCAGACAUCGCUGGCUGGAUUCAUGCAGGUCACUCAGCUGGUCAGCAUCACUUACAGGAAACUAACAUUCUGUGGGUGAAUGAAACUGCGGCUGAGCUUCAGUAACGUUACAGUAAAGAGUCACACAGUUGAAUCACAGUAGAAACACGAUGGAAAACAUUAGAAACUGUUGUUCCAGGAGCUUCAUGUCUGUCCUCAUUUGACUGAAUUAAACAGUGUUUAACCACAGGCUGGAGAGAGGAGAGACACUGAGGAGCCUCUCAGCUCCAACACGGGCCCAGACUUACAGUUUGGAUCAGUUCAGGACCAAAAACCAAAGAAGGAAACAUCCGACAGGAAGUCUGCUGGAGGUCAGAGCCGCCAGGAAACACAGUGAACUGACGAACGCAAUGACGCCCUGAUCCGAAGAAACGACGCAUGAAGAGUGAAAGAAAGUUUUACAGCUGCUCACAAACCUUUGACUGGACAAGAAACCUGCUGCAGUUCACUGUCGGCACUCUGCAGAGACCGGGUUCAGGUCUGACCGGGUUUAAACUGACGGCUGAAAGUACAUCAGUGCUUCAUCUACAUCUAAAAUGGAGGAUAAUUUCACAGAACUAAAAGAGUAAAAUAUUAAAUUGUAUUAUAUUAUAUUAUAUUAUAUUAUAUUAUAUUAUAUUAUAUUAUAUUAUAUUAUAUUAUGCAUCUUUUUAUUCUGUGAAAUGUUCAAACAUUUUAAAAAUACGACCGUAGCUGCUGUUUUCUCUGUGAAUUCUCCUCAGUGUUUAACUGAAGCAGCUUCACAACAGAAACCUGAGGAAGUGAAACGCUCGUGUUGUAAAAACUGGAUCCUGUUGUUGAACUUUUAUUAUUCCAGAUAAUAUUUUUUUAUCCCCGCUGUGAGUGUGAGCUCAGUGAACACCUGACGAGUCGGCACUUUGGUGUGAUUACAGAUUAAAGACGCUGGAAACGA